AUGCAUAGAAGGUAUAUCACAAGAUCACAAGGCUGGAGGAAACAAGCAAGCAAGGAGCCAAUUCACUUGAUUGUUGAUAGCUCAUCUGAUUCUUAUGAGUCUGUAAAAGACAGUUUAUACAAGCCACACAUGCCACUUGAUUGUGUGGACUCAAGCAGUGACAACGAUGAUGAUGUUGGUCCUACCAGCCAUAGGAGAAAAAGGAAGAUUGGCAAUGACAAUGAUAAAGGCAAGAAAAAGGCUAUUAAUGAUGAAGAUAUUUUUCAUCAACUUUCAAUGGAUGCAUCUGAUUAUGAGAAUGAGGUAGAUGAUGAUGAGAAAGAAGAAAACUUGCAAUACUCUGAGGAUGAUGCAGACCCAACUGUGACUCCCAUCUUCAAUGAUGUUGCCAAGUUUGGACAUGUGAGGUUAGAGCUAGGUAUGGAGUUUGCCACUAAGGAUGCUUUUAAGAAAGGGGUUAGAAAUUAUACAUUGCAAGAGGGUAGGGGUGUUAGGUACAAGAAAAAUGACACUACUAGAUGUAGGAUGGUAUGCAAGAAUGAAGAUUGUCCCUGGAUGGUGUUUUGUUCUUAUAGCAAACCAAAUAGAUAUUGGCAGAUUAAGACCUUUAAUGAUGAUCAUACAUGUGAGAGAACUUUCAAGAAUAGAUGUGCAACUAGGUCUUGGGUAACUGAUGUACUUGUUAAGAAGGUUAGGAAGCUCCCAACAUUUAGACACUGUGAGUUUUUUAAUUACUUUAAAGCAAAAACUGGAAUACAAUUGUCUAGGACUACAAUUACAAGAGCUUUGGGUGAUGCAAGGAAAAUAGUGAGGGGUGAUGAAGUUGCAGAAUAUGCUAAACUCAGAGAUUAUGCAGAGGAGCUAUUGAGAUCUAAUCCGGGUUCAACUAUCAAGUUAGGUGUUAGUCCGAUGCCUAACGGAGAAGGUGUAUUUGAAAGAUUUUAUGUCUGUUUUCAUGGAUGCAAGAAAGGUUUUGUGGGUGGCUGUAGACCCUUGGUAGGACUUGAUGGGGCUUUUUUGAAGACCUAUUAUAGAGGUUGGCUGCUGUGCGCCAUGAGUCAGGACGCGAAUAAUCAUGUGUAUCCAAUUGUAUGGACAAUUGUUCAUGUUGAGAACAAAGACAACUGGAAAUUUUUCUUGGAGCUCUUGCAUAAAGACAUUGGAGAUCAGACAGAGCACGGUUGA